AUGGUACCUCUGUUCUGUACAAUCUCCCGUUAUCUGUCCAAUUCAUUCGCAGUUCAAUCACUUGACCUGUUGGUCAGGACCACAGGUGAGUCGUGCAAACCUGGCAACCUGGCUAUAGUACCGUCGGUAGUCGACAGUAGUACCAUCGUAGUAGACCGUGCGCAGUCCGUCGGGCACGCGUCCUCUUCAACUGUUCGCCGUUCCGCUGCUAGCGCGAUCGUCGCUUGUUUCCGCGCAGCGCGUGCUUGCCGGGAUUUUCCGGACCUACUGAGAUUUUCCUCGAACUCUAGCCUCACGGUGCUAAGUAGGAGCCUUCCUGAAUUUUAAGUAAGUCGGAGGCACAACUGCGGUUUAGUGAAAGGGUAUAGGGUAAGAAGAGGACAGCUGGCAGUGAUGGAUUAGCUGAGUUCCAGGAAGACAGGACAGAGCAUGGACACCGAAAGUCCCGUUGUUUGGCCGUCUUGGUGUUACUCAGGU